AUGCAAGCAACGUUCCCAUCGUUUUUCACACGAGAUCUCUGCCGUGGCCCUUUCAAAUUCACACUCACGGAUCUCCACCCGAGCAACAUUUUUGUAGACGACGACUGGCACAUUACAUCGCUAGUCGACCUUGAAUGGGCAUGCACUCGUCCUAUUGAGAUGUUACGCACACCAACCUGGCUUACCAACAAAGCCUGUGAUGAGAUCGCCCAGGAAACUAUCGAUUACGAUACUGUCAGGUCCGAAUUUAUCGGAAUCAUGACAGAAAAAGAAUCGCUUCUUGGUUCGAGAGGCCAAAUACCUGAAAGUCUGUCCGAGACAAUGGAACGAGGCUGGGGAAGGGGAACUUUUUGGUUCUCCCUUGCUCUUGCUAGCCCGACUGGUCUCUUUUCUGUUUUUUACAGGCAGAUCCAACCACGCUUCAUCAAGUAUUGCGAAGAUCAUGAUUUCUUCCAUGACACUAUGCCAUGGUAUUGGGCCCACGACUAUGUGAGUGUUGGAGCCGCAAAGCAGCAGGAUCGAAUUGAUUACGAUGCUCGACUUAAAACAGUCUUUGGAGUCGAAUAA